GAAGUCCUGAAUUUGCUACCAUCCUUUUCAACCCAAGAACCAACAGGAUGUUAAUUGUUGAGUAAGUGCAUUUUCCAGGGAAGUAUAGCUUAUCAAGAGAGCCCUGGCAAAUGUUAAAGUUUCCAUGUAAAGAGGAAAAUACUGACGAAGAUGCUUGUAAGGUUGUAGAUGGUUUAGCACCUAAGGCCACUGAUCAAAAUGAUGCUGUUGAGAAAUGGUAUGAUCUUGAAUGUCUCAUCUGUGUACUCUUAGUGCUACUUGUAAUAUACAUGCAUAAAUAUAGUCUCUACAUUUGUUCGUUUUUACCAAUCAAUGUUGGUAGGAAUCUUUAUUUCUUUGGAAAGAUGAAUCCCCUUGAUGAAGUCUCUAGUAAGAAGUUGGUGGUAGCUGAUGCUAAGUUGAACUUCGAUGAUGGUGCUGCCUUCCUGGUAGAAGGGAAUCUCUCUUGUGAUCCAUCACUAGAGGGUCCUUGAGAGGUUUCAAUACAUUUACUUCUCGAUUUAUUGUUUACUUGGGAUAAUUAUUCUUAAUAGUAACUGCCAAACAAUUACACGAAGAUUCAAGUCUGGUUAGUGAUUAAGAGAGUUGUGGUGCUUUUUGGAUAUUCUAUAUGGCAACCAAAUUCUUCUGAUUAAUUUGGCGAUUUUCUUCUGCAUCCUUUGAUUUCUUUGCUCUUUUUGGUACCUAAGUUCAGUUAUCUCAAAAAUGGGCUUUUAAAGUUUGCUAGCAGAAUGGAGUUUCAAAUUGCGAGAGGAAGACUACUACUAUCACACGACACAAAUUAGCCUUCUGCUUUAAUUCAUGCACUGAAAAUAGGGCUUGUCUUUGAGGCUUGUGUCAAAAUUAGAGUCUCUCUUCUCAGCAUCAUCAACAAUUAGAUUAUAAAUGUACAUGAGGAACUAUUAAUUAUGGUGUCAA